GGACGCCCUCACCCUUUUUCCUUCGUUUAUUUCUUUUAUCUUUAUUUCCCACGCCCUUUCCCUGCGCUCUAGCUGUCUAUAUAGAGGAGCGGACGCCAGCCGAGUUCCUCCUCAGCUCCAGCUCGCUUCUUGCCACCAGACCAAAACAAAGCAACAUAGCAACGAGAUGGAUGACAUGGAAGCCGAAUACAACUUCUACUGGGAAACCAAGCGCUUUUUUGAGUCCGAGGAGCUCGACAGGUUCUCCCUCUCCCUCCAUAGUUAUACCAUAUAUACCAUCCUUCACGCCUUCUUUCCACGGCCCACUCCCCCACCUUUCUAUCGGUCAUCAAAACAACAGGCCAUUAAGCUGUCAUAUUGCUUCUCAUGCGGUUGGGGAUUGGAUGAGGCUCUCUCUGGCUACUAUGAUUCGAGCUCCCCCGAAAAUGCUGCGUCCUCUACAGCCGCGAAGAACAUCGUCAUGGAGAGGAACCGGCGAAGGAAGCUAAACGAAAGGCUUUAUGCCCUCCGAAGUGUCGUCCCCAACAUUACUAAGAUGGACAAGGCGUCGAUCAUCAAAGACGCAAUAGACUACAUCCAGGAGCUCCAAGAGCAAGAAAGGAGGAUGCAAGCAGAGAUAUCUGAGCUCGAGACGGUGAAAGAAGAGCAAGCACCAAUCGGUGACACCGAGCGUGAUGACGUCAACUUCACGCAAAGGAAGAAGAAGAGAUCUUCACGAGGCUCACCCUUGGCUCCUGGAUCCCCGAGCUCGGCAUCCAUCGAACUAAUGGACCUUAAAGUUUGUGAAGUGGGUGACAAGACUUUGGUUGUAAGCAUCACUUGCAAUAGGAAGAGGGAUACCAUGAUCAGGAUGUGUGAGGUUUUUGACUCUCUCAACCUCAAAAUCAUCACAGCCAACAUCACCUCUGUCUCUGGGAGCCUCUUGCACACUCUGUUUGUUGAGUGGUGGAUUUACGAGUCUUUUCAAUGAAAGAUACAACCCCUGUCCCCUGGAGGCGACAUUGAAGGAUCAGAACUGAUUCGGCUGCUUGGCUUCUCCCCACAAUAUUUAGCUUCUUCUUCACAUGCUCUCUCUUUCUCUCUGUAUUUUAUUCCCGAUCCAGCACGUUUGAAACCAAAUUGUUUAAAAGCUACCCUGUCGCAUGUUUUUGUUAAUUUACUCCUUUUGUGAUCUAGACUGCAAUUUUGGACACGCGGUGAAGUAUCGUUCCACCAAUUCAGAAGCCAACAAGUUUAUUGGCAUGCGUCUAACUUGGCUUAUUAAAUUCUUUUUGCAUUGUUCUGCUUGUUUGUUACAUGGCCUGCUCCUAUGCCCAGCACAAUUCGCACAUGAUUGAAAAGGACUGUCAGAAACUUGUUGGAUUACUUGGACAUUGAAAUGAUACAAAGAUGGAAUCUGCUUUAUCUGUCAUCUGUCGCAUCAUCUGACUCACGGGCACUUUGUUAAAUUUAUUCCAUAUCUAGAUUGUUAGUAUACAAUGGUAGGUAUACAUUGGUGUGUAAUCUAUCAUGUGAUUUUAAUUCAAUCGGUGAGAACAUCAUUAUCAAGGAGGGAUGAUAUAAUGUGACAAUAUAGUCAACAUGCGUUUUUGUUGUUUUGUUGAGAGACGUAAGCCCCAUUACAAAGGAAUUCUUUUACAAACUUUAACAACUUACUCAAAUAAUUGAUUUCAUUAUGUAGUUUGAUAAAAAAAAAAAAAAA